AUGGCGACCGCCAUGAAAAAGGUCGAGAAGAUCCGCCAGAUAGUCCGGCUAAAACAACUCGUGAUGCGCUGGAGGCUAACGAGUCUCCGCCGCCGCUCCGUCCUCUCCUACGACGACUCGGGCCCCUUCUCGUCCGGUUCGAACCGGCGCAUCCCCGCCGGUUUUCUAGCGGUCUACGUCGGAGCGGAGCGAAUCCGGUUCGUGAUCCAGGCCCGGUUCGUGAACCUCCCGGUUUUCGUCGGAUUACUGAAAAGGGCCGAGGAAGAGUUCGGGUUCGGGUGCAGCGGUGGCCUCGUGUUGCCUUGCGAGGUUGGGUUUUUCAAAGAGAUCUUGAGAUUUCUCGAGAGGGAUGAGAGCAAGUUUGGACGGCUGGGAUUGGAAGAGUUCUUGAAGAUGGUUUCUGAAGUUGGUUUUGAUUCUUGCAAGGAAUUGGCGUCCAAUGCUGCUGCUAAUUCCUCUUGCCAUGCCUUCACUCCUCUGUUGCAGAAAACAAGGGGCUGA